CGCGUAGGUUAUUCUUUCCUCUUGUAAUCGUCGACGGGAUCAGUCGCAAGUGUUGCAAAAAUGACUUCCAAAGUAUCGCGAGACAUUCUCUAUGAGUGCGUCACCGAAGUGAUGAAGGGCUCGAAGAAAAACCACCGCCGCUUUCUGGAGACGGUGGAGCUGCAGAUCGGCCUGAAGAACUACGAUCCCCAGAAGGACAAGCGUUUCUCCGGCACCGUCAAGCUGAAGUACAUUCCGCGCCCGAAGAUGCAGGUGUGCGUGCUCGGUGACCAGCAGCAUUGCGAUGAGGCAAAGGCCAACGAUAUCCCGUUCAUGGAUGCCGAAGCACUGAAGAAGCUGAACAAGAACAAGAAGCUGGUCAAGAAGCUAGCCAAGAAGUACGAUGCUUUCCUGGCUUCCGAGUCGCUGAUCAAGCAGAUUCCGCGUCUGCUCGGCCCCGGCUUGAACAAGGCUGGCAAGUUCCCUGGCCUGUUGGGUCACGGUGAGUCGAUGAUGGCGAAGAUCGACGAAGUCAAGGCCACCAUCAAGUUCCAGAUGAAGAAGGUCCUCUGCCUGUCUGUGGCUGUUGGCCACGUCAAGAUGUCGACCGACGAGCUCGCACAGAACGUGCACUUGGCCAUCAAUUUCCUCGUUUCGCUGCUGAAGAAGCACUGGCAGAACGUGCGCUCGUUGCACAUCAAAUCGUCGAUGGGUUCGGCCCAGCGUCUGUACUAAGUAUGGUGCGACUUUCGCAUUUUGCCGGAGGAAGUGCCUGAAUAGGAACAGGCAAAACAAACACACAAACGCCACCGCUUGAAAUGUAAUCAAGUCAACACAAUAAAAGUGGGGUCAGUGAAGAACAACAAAAGGA